CAUUUUCAUUUCGUUCACUCAGCUAUUUUCCUGAUUUUAUAACGUGCAGGACUCUUCAACCAACCAUUCGAUUCACAACAACCAUUUCCUCUCUUCUCUCAAAAGCCUCUCUAACCUAUUUCAAUCUUCAUCUUAACAUAUUUAUAUCAACUUAUCUAUUGGAAUUGUUUAAAUUCGAUAUUUCUUUCUAUCAUAACUUGGUCAUCUAUAUUCAAACUUCUUCAGCGUUAUCUUCAAAAUACCUUGUCAGAGUAUCCAUCAAGUCACAAUUGGAGUUCGGGACUAGUCUAGUUGAAAGUUGAAGUUCAAGCUCAGAUCGACUGAUAAUCGGUGACCUUAUCUCAUCACAUACUCUUGACGCUUGAAUCAAAUCCUAUUUACGAUCCAAAACACUCCCUGUUGUGCUAAAACUCAACAUCGCCGAACCUUAAGCCCUGAAUAACAGUGCAUAUAAUCACUCAACGUAAUCUAUCUUCAACUAUCAAUCUCACUCAGAAUACGAAAUGGCCGGACCAGUAGCGAUCCCAUUCGAUGCUCCUCCAUCUUCCUCUUCAACAACAACACCAAAAAGAUCCAGAGCAAUCACUACUACUACUACCACAACUCAUCGUCGGUAUCACUCUUCGAACUCAACUUUGACUCAUUCCAGCUCUGGUUCUCCUUCUCAGUCAUCCGAUUCACCACCUUCCUUUCCGCCCACACCAUCUCCCACUUUGAAAUGUUACAAAGACCAGUUAAUGAUUCCUUUUACGACCAUGAAGAUUCGAUACGAUUCCAAGAGCGAUCCCACUUCAAACGCUCAAACUCCGACCAAUCAUCCUCAGUCACCUCGGCUUACACUCGAACCUGAUCUAUUCGACUUCAACAUUAAAACGGCUACGUCAUCUGACAAUCAUUCUCAGCAUUACUCUCUUGAAGUUGAUGGCCAGCACAUUGUUUCAGCAACUCCUCCUGACCACAAACACCCUAUCAUUUACUUGAAUCAUGUGCCAUCCAGCCCAACUAUAACCAAGCUCACUUAUCCAAAAGCUACUCGGACCUCGCAGCCACAUCUCGAUCAGCUUCCUGAACAGGCUUACAAACUGUUACAUUCCAUUGGUCCUCUCCCACCGUCCCUUGCAUCGCCGAAUGUCUAUGGUGAUCAUCGUCGCCAACAGCAUUCUCCUAAGAUUUCAAGUCAUUCCUUAAAGUCUACCUCUGAAGCUGUCAGCCUACUACCACUUGUCACCAUUGCGCCUGUUGUUACAGAGUUCAAUUCUUCAACUCCCAAGUCUCCCUCUGUUGAGCAAUCCAACGCAUCCGGAGUUCAGCUCGGCGACUUCUCGGAAGCUAUUCGAUACCUCUCAUCUCAAAAAAAUUACUGGCAGUCACGCGCGCGUGAGCUAUGUUCACAGUCACCACCUUCGUCUCCGUCGUCCAAGUCAGACCCCAGUGCUGCAAUUCAGUCAUCUCCUACACAUACGAAAUGCACUUUGAAGACCAAAAGACUUCAUGUUCGAGCUAACACUCAACCGGAGGACCGGACCCAACGCCAUCAGCCUACGCAAGUCGAUCCUGCUCCUAUCGUGCCUUCAUCCCAAAAACACAAGUCUCGUUCGUCGAAGUCCAAGAGGCGGAAGUCAGUUCCUCCUUCGCAAGGCCCCCGCCGCCAUGCAUCUACUACAAAUGGGGCCUCAGGCGUACCCCUUACUCAUGGUCACCUCCAUACUGGUGCAGUUGAUGCAUUUUGCCCUCAGCCAUGCGCGAAAGCUUUGCUUCCCGUUGCCGCUGAUCCAGGUCUUGUUCCAAGGUUUAAGCGCGGCUCAGCCGCACAGGCAGCCUCUGAAUUGCUUCGAAUUCCUGUUACCUCCCUCACCUCAGAACCCCCGAUUCCUUAUUAUUAUGGUGAUAUCCCUCGAAAGUUCGUCGCUCGUCCUGUCACACAAUCUACCACCCUUUUUCAAUCUCUACCUCUUGCCCGGCACAGGCACUCGAUUGCUACACUCCCUUUCCCACAUUCUUUAAGUUCACAAUGCACCAAUCCAUUCGAUAUGUCGACCAUUUCGAUCAUGGACACUUUCUCAACGCAAGUUACGACGCAAACAUAUUCUUCACCUUCGGCAGAAAAUGAUUUGAUUCUACCCCUUACUGCCGCCGAGAAAACAAGGUCACUUGAUUGCAAACUAAAAAGCAUGUGUGCAACCAUUCCAGACGGAUCCUAUCGACCUGCCUUCAUCUUUGUAGACCACUCCAAUGUGAUUUGGUCAUUCCUUCGUCAUCUCAACAUCAAUCGACCUUCAUUAGACGUCUACGAUCAGGAUCGUUUUCAUCAUCUUGACCGCGGUAUGGCCAAGCCUAAGCGAAGACUAGACUACGCAGUACUUUUCCGCAUCCUUGAGCGCGAACGCACAACGAUUCUCAGGCGGUAUAUCGCGGCUUCUAAUCCUCUCUACCAACCUGAUAUGAUUCCUUACUGGGAAUCGAAAGGGUAUGAAAUUGCUAUUCUCGACCCGGUUGUCAAUCGCAAUCCGACAACCAGAAAAAUAAUCAAUCCUAGUAGAAUGCCUCGUCGAGGCUCAGCAAGACCUACUACCAACUCUGCAGAUAAAAGUAGCUGCACUGAAUCUGAUUCAGACCCUUCCACCACUCCAUACCCAGCUGGCAAAAGCAGCAAACACCUGCGGUACAAGGAACAGGCUGUCGAUGAAGUCAUUCAGUUGAACAUGAUUGACACGAUCAUGGAAUUUGAUUGGAAGGGAUCAGAUCAUGACUCGAGACCUCGCCCCAUCCUCACACUUGUUUCCGGAGAUGCCAACGCUGGCGAAUAUAGUAAACCAGGCUUUUGGGGAUGGGUUGUAAGAUGUUUGAAGUUAGGUUGGGAUGUCGAGAUCAUCGGAUUCAAACAAGCUAUCUCGAAUCGCUGGUUUCAAUUAGAGUCGCCUACCAGAAUAGGUGAUCAUGGAAUGCUUGCUGUCUAUACUCUUGAUCAAUUCGCCGACGAACUGAUCUCCGAUGUCGCCUGAGAGGCAACCCUUGUUCUCAAAAUAUACGCUCGCUAUAAUUUGGACGUUUUUUUGUUACAUACAAGUAGUAACUGACAGUAUCAUGUCUUCCUUGACAAGUUGACCUACGUAUACUUUUGUUUUAUUUUCAUUCCCUCACUUUUUUGUUUGACCCGCUUUUCCUAAUAUUUUUCAACCCUUGUAGAUUAGAUUUCAUUUCGACCUUCAUCUUUAUUUCUUUCUCUCUUUGAAGGCAUUGCCAAUGUCCGUUUCUUCUCUUCUUACCACAUAUUGUAACAUUAUCCUAGUUGUUAAACCUUUCCUUAUAUUAUAGCACUUUUCUAUACACGCACAAACCAUUAGUACAUGUGUUGAAAAGAGGUCAGAGAAAGGAGGAUUUUAAUUGGGAACAUAGCCAUACAUGAUUUUGAUUUUCCUCUUGUCAUAACUUGAUUUGCAUUCUGUUGAUAACAAUCAGUCAUUUCUUCUUUAAUGAGCUACAUC